CAUUACCCUACAAAGUAUAGUGAGGCACAAUGGAGUUAAUAGAAUGUUAAAGAAAAGAUGGAGGAAAAGCAAAAAGGAAGAGCACACAACUUCAUAGAUUAGAUUGACAAAAUUGCCCUUGCUAACAAACUUAAGCUAAUGGGCAACUGGGUAAACCACUGCAUGGAGGAUAGUAUAAAGAGAGUGAGAAGGUAGCACCGUAGCACUCACUGCAAUCACCUUAUCAGCUUUUCUCUCUUAUUUCUUCAUUUCUUUCAUGGAAUUGGAAGAUGAAGAUAAAAGAGAAUUACAGCUGCUACUUUCCAUGGCAUCUUCUAGAUCUUCACCUGAGAGUUCCAAGACCUCAGAGAGGACCAGAGUCCUAACAGAGUCUCCAGUACUAGACCUGAACCUGUCCAUCAGCACUGGUUCUGGGCAAACUUUAGCGUCUGAUGAAACAGUAAAGAGCAGCAUCAGAAAUGUGCAAAUCCUGAAGCAACAAACAGCUGAGCAAAUCCGGCUAGCAACGGUGGAGAAGGCUUAUGCAGAGAGAGUGAGGGAGUUGACUAGGAGGGAGCUUGAGCUUGCAGAGAAAGAGUUUGCACGGGCAAGGUUGGUGUGGGAGAGAGCUCGAGAGGAGGUUGAAAAGGCUGAGAGGAUGAAGGAGUUGGCAACUAGAAGAAUUGGCUCUACAUGCAUGGAGAUAACUUGCCAGGGUUGCAGGCAACGUUUCCAGCCGUAGUGCACUACCCUAUUUGAAGAUUUCUUUAAACUUC